CCUGCAUUGCAAGGCUAGGUCGUGAUGAAGAAAUUACAUCUUUGCUCAUGGACUUUCCUAGCAUUGAAAUGCCACGCAUUGAAUCUGGCCCAUCAAACUUGGGGCAGCUUCGACGCAUUCAUGGUGGGCAUCGUCGUUCGCCAGCAGAAUUUGAUGAGGUGAGGAUGUUCCAAACUCGAGUACCUCAAGUAUUUUUAGAUGGAGUGGGUGUAUACGAUCAAUACAAUGAUUUGCGGCUUGAUGUUGAUAAUAUGUCGUACGAGGAAUUACUGGAAUUAAGUGAAAAGAUUGGGUAUGUCAGCACUGGGUUGAGAGAGGAGGAGAUCCUCUCCAAUCUCAGGAAACAAAAGCACUCAUUUCCUGGUGCUUCCCCGUCUCAAAAAGAACGGAAAUGCACAAUUUGUCAAGAAGAAUAUGAAGCAAACGACGAAAUGGGAAGGCUGCAGUGUGGACAUAGCUACCAUACUUAUUGCAUCAAGCAAUGGCUUCUGAGGAAGAACACUUGCCCUGUCUGCAAGACCGCCAUGUCUAAAAGCUAGAGCCCGAUUGCUACUGUUCUGUUGCUGUAAAACCUCUACCUUGCUUCCUCUCUUUCUGUGUACAGCUUUUGAUAGGCAGGGGAUUUGGUUCUUGGUGAGAUACAUUGGGUAUCAACGUUAGGUGAUUUGUUGGUGGUGGACAUGAUUCAUUUAGGGGUUUUCCAUUUCCAAUAGAAAUGGUGCUUUUGGGCGGUCUGUGCUUUGUAAUAUCAUUUCUUCUUCUUUUUGUUUGAUUUUUCUUUACGUGAACAAGUAGAUUAUUGUUUAAAUAUGGAUGAAUAUAAUUUAUUAGUGUGCUACACCAAAAUAUUUAUUCGCCAUUUUCUAUUGAAGAACCUAACUCAGCUGAAUAUGUGACAUUAUCACGAA